AUGGCAACUAAAUUCGUGAAAUAUUCACAAUUAAUAAACAAUCAAACCAAAUACGCCGAGAGGAUGAAGCGUCUGUCUAAUAGAAUCUUCGGUGAAGUAGCGAUACCGACCAACGCCAAGUCAAUGAAAGUCGUAAAAAUAUUUUCCGAGCGACCGCUUCACACCAACGAAAACAUCUUGCAUUACUAUCCGCGGCACGUGGAGACACACGCCUUGAUGUUGAAGCUGAGAGAGUACGGACUGUACAGAGAUGAACACCAGGACUUUAAGGAGGAAAUGAAACGACUCCGGGAGCUCAGGGGAAAGGUCAAGGUGUGGAAGAGACUUCUGAACAAGGAACAGAAAGACGCCGAUACAUAG